AUGGCGCGGCGGCCACAGCGGACGCCGUGGGACAACCUGACGGCCACGCUUCUUCUGCUCGUCGUCGUCGCCUCCGCAGCGGCGGCGGUGGUGGUGAAAGCCGACGACGAGAAGUGUAGCAACCCGUGCGGGAACCCGUGCGGCGAGCCGUGCGUGUACGCGAGCCCGCCGCCGCCGGCUCUGCCCCCGCCGGAGUACUACCCGCCGCCGGCACCCGUGCACUCGCCCCCGCCGCCGGAGCCGGAAUACUACCCGCCGCCGACGACCCCGACCACGCCCUACUGCCCGCCGCCGCCGUCGGGCGGCGGCUACGAGCCGUCGCCAGGGUACACGCCCGGGUACAACCCGUCGACGCCGUCCGGGGCGGCGGCGGGUGGUACACGCCGCCCUACACGCCCGGCUGGUACAACCCGCCCCACGCCGGGGACGCUCUACCCGCAGGACCCCGGGUUCCGGCUCAACGCCGCGCCCGCCCACGGCGAGGCGUGGCGCGCGGUGCUCUUCUUCUCGGCGGUGGCCUGCGCCAGCUUCUACUUGUGA